AUGGCAGCGGACACCGAGCUCACAAGUAUCCGUGCCAACCUGCUUCAGCGUUUGAAAGCUGGAGAGAGUUGUCGGCUGGUGCUGGGCCCAUGCCCGUCAGAACUUUUCACUGAAAAGGAGCUGAUGCUCAAGGCUGUGGAGCUGAAUGCCUAUGCUGUGGAGUAUUUGCCUGAGGAGCUUAUACGAGACCCAGAAGUGUGGCUCAAAGCAGUGCAGCAGAAUUUCUACAGCCUGCGGCAAUGUCCUGCAGACGUGCUCAGGGACAAGGCCUUCGCGAAGCAGCUGCUGUUCAUCAAUGCAUCGACGCUGCGCUUCCUCGCGCCCGAACUACGGGGAGAUCGUGAGGUGGUUGGCUGGGCUCUUCAGAAAUCUGGACUAGCCCUCGAAUUUGCUUCAGCUGAGCUUCGAGCUGAUGGAGAUGUUGUCCGCAAAGCAGUGCAAAAGGACGGCCUUGCCCUGCAGUUUGCAGACUCGGCCUUACUGCAAGAGGAGGAUCUCGCGCUAGAGGCCAUCAGAUCCAACACGGCGGCAAUUCGGCUGCUUCCUGAAGCAUUGUCGCGAAGUAUGAGCUUCCUGCUGCAAGCAGCCGCAGCAGGAGGUGGAAGUAUUCUGCGAUUUGUUGCGCCGGAGUUCGCAUCUGACAAGGUCUUCGUCCAGCACAUCAUCAAGCAUGAUUGUACUGUUCUGGCCCAUGCCCCACCUGAGUUGCAGGAGGACCCAGAGCUGAUCCUUACAGCCAUCGCAGCGGGCGGUGCCCAGGGCAGCGCAGCUCUGGAGCUUGCCCCCGGUUCAUUGCGUGACAAUCGGAGAUUCAUGCUCCGGGCCGCCGCGAUAACGCCGCAGGCGCUGCGCCUAGCACCUGACAGGCUGCGGAAUGAUAGGAGCUUCGUCAUCGAGGCGGUGCAGCGGCGAGGGGCCGCCCUGCAGUUUGCACCUUUCGAGUUCCGUGCAGACCCAGAAGUGGUCAUGGAAGCUGUGAAGCAGGACCUUGGUGCCUUAGCGUUUGCGGAUGCCCCGUUGCGACAAGACGACAAGUUCAGAGAGGAGGUCAGAUACUUGCAGAAGGCGGUUGUCGUCACCUGA